ACCCCCCGGAACAAGCACAAGUUCAAGUUGCACAGUUACAGCAGCCCCACCUUCUGCGACCACUGCGGCUCGUUGCUCUACGGCCUCGUGCACCAGGGCAUGAAGUGCUCGUGCUGCGAGAUGAACGUGCACAAGCGCUGCGUGCAGAGCGUGCCCAGCCUCUGCGGGGUCGAUCACACCGAGCGCCGCGGCCGCCUCCAGCUCCGCAUCCAGGCGCUGCCGGGGGAGCAGCUCCACGUCACCGUGGGGGAGGCGCGCAACCUGAUCCCGAUGGACCCCAACGGGCUCUCGGACCCCUACGUGAAGCUGAAGCUCAUCCCCGACCCCAAGAACGUCUCCAAGCAGAAGACGCGGACGGUGAAGGCCACCCUCAACCCCGUCUGGAACGAGGCCUUCCUCUUCACCCUGCGGCCGGGCGACGCGGAGCGGCGGCUCUCGGUGGAGGUUUGGGACUGGGACCGCACGUCCCGCAACGACUUCAUGGGCGCCAUGAGCUUCGGCGUGGCCGAGCUGCUCAAGGGCCACGUGGACGGCUGGUUCAAGCUGCUGAACCAGGAGGAGGGCGAGUACUACAACGUCCCCGUGGCCGACACCGACGACUGUGGCCUCCGGCCCAAGUUCGAGGCCUGUAACUACCCCCUGGAGCUCUACGAGAAGGUGCGCCGGGGGCCGGGGCCGUCGCCGUCGCCCUCCCCCAGCCCCACCGACCCCAAACGCGGCUUCUUCAGCCCCGGCCGCUCCCACCUGGGCGACUUCACCUUCCUCAUGGUGCUGGGCAAGGGCAGCUUCGGCAAGGUGAUGCUGGCCGAGCGGCGGGGCACGGCCGAGCUCUUCGCCAUCAAGAUCCUCAAGAAGGACGUGGUGGUGCAGGACGACGACGCCGCGUGCACGAUGGUGGAGCGGCGCGUGCUGGCGCUGGGGCCCCGCCCCCACUUCCUCACCCACCUCCACUCCACCUUCCAGACCACCGACCGCCUGUAUUUCGUCAUGGAGUACGUCACCGGCGGCGACCUCAUGUACCACAUCCAGCAGGUCGGCAAGUUCAAGGAGCCCCACGCCACGUUUUACGCUGCCGAAAUCGCCAUCGGCCUCUUCUUCCUCCACAACAAAGGCAUCAUUUACCGGGACCUGAAGCUGGACAACGUGAUGCUGGACGCCCAAGGCCACGUCAAGAUCACCGACUUCGGGAUGUGCAAAGAGAACAUGUUCCCCGGGGCCACCACCCGCACCUUCUGCGGGACCCCCGACUACAUCGCCCCCGAGAUCAUCGCCUACCAGCCCUACGGGAAGUCGGUCGACUGGUGGUCUUUUGGGGUGCUGCUCUAUGAGAUGCUGGCGGGGCAGCCCCCCUUCGAUGGGGAGGACGAGGACGAGCUCUUCCAGUCCAUCAUGGAGCAGACGGUGACGUACCCCAAAUCCCUCUCCCGCGAGGCCGUCGCCAUCUGCAAGGGGUUCCUGACGAAGCACCCCGGGAAGCGGCUGGGGGCGGGGGCGGGGGGGGAGCAGGAGGUCCGCCAGCACCCCUUUUUUCGUCGCACCGACUGGGAGCGCCUGGAACGGCUGGAGGUGCCCCCCCCCUUCACCCCCCGCCCGGUGAGUGGCCCCCCCAAAUCCCCCCACCCCCCCG